CGGUGCUUGACGUGGCUUGACGCCGCUUGACGCUGCGUGACGCUGGUGCCGGACAGCUGCCACACUGGACCCGGACUGAGUCGAACUGUCGUUCCUGUGAUGCCCCAGGGCGGGCUGAGCUGGCCGGGGUCGCGAUGCCUUACGUGGACCGACAUAAUCGCAUCUGCGGCUUCCUGGACAUCGAGGAGAACGAGAGCAGCGGCAGGUUCCUGCGCCGAUACUUCAUCCUGAACACUCAGCUGGGCAAGCUGCUGUGGUACAUGGAUAACCCUCAGAAUCUGCCUGAAGGAGCAGAGCAGGUGGGAUCUCUCAAUCUGACCUACAUCUCCAAGGUCAGUGAUGCCACCAAACUCAGACCAAAGGCAGAGUUCUGCUUUGUUAUAAAUGCAGGAAUGAGGAAGUUUUAUCUGCAGGCUAACGAUCAGCAGGAUUUGGUGGAAUGGAUCACUGUUCUCAACAACGCCACCAAGAUAACUGUGCCAAAGCCAGGUGAAGGCCAUGCUGCUAACGCAGAGACUCCCCAGGACAUACUGGGAGCCAUGAAACAGGUCUCCUACAAGACUGAGAUCGUAGGAGGAGUCCCUAUCAUCACCACUACACAGGAGCAGGGGGAGGGGCAGAAUGGGGCGGAGCGUGGAGGUUUGAGGCGGGGUCAGAACCAACUGCCGUACUUCCUGUCCAGGGGAGCGCAGGACCAGGCCGUCAUCAAGGCCGGAUACUGUGUUAAACAGGGAGCUGUGAUGAAGAACUGGAAGAGAAGAUACUUCAUGCUGGAUGAAAACGCUGUCAGCUACUUCAAAUCUGACUUGGAGAGGGAAGCACUGAGAGUCAUUCCACUGAAGGAGAUUCACAAAGUUCAGGAGUGCAAACAGAGUGAGCUGAUGAUGAGAGACAACCUGUUUGAGAUGGUCACCAGCUCCAGAACCUUCUACAUGCAGGCUGACAGUCCAGAGGACAUGCACAGCUGGAUAAAGGCCAUCUCAGGGGCGAUCGUGGCUCAGCGCGGCCCCGGACGUUCAGCUAACACUGAGCGCAGUGACCACUCCUCUCCCUCCCCAACAUCCUCCUCCACCUUCUACUACUCCCUCGACCAGGAACUACACUACCCACAAUCCUCCCCCAGUGCCGCCACCGCGGGCGCUCAGCCUCACACUGGACUCGCACCACCAGGACAACUUCCUGGGUCUGCUUCCGUGGAGGCUGAGCGGUGUCCAGUCAGUGAUGAUGCCCCUCCCCACGGCUCGCUCCCGCCUGUCGCUGCAGGAGACGGUGCGGUCGUCAAAGUAACGAGGGAGGAGGAGUCGCCGUGGAAACGCCGCAGCGAAAUCGCCCGGUUGGGAUCCGACAGCAGCGGAGGCGAGAUGAGCAGUCGCACCACUGAGAAUUCAGACCUGCAGAUGUCCCUGAUUUGACAGACGUGGCGAUGAUGGUGAUGAUGAUGGUGACUGACAAUCUCUUAAUACACACUUCUACACAAAGUUCUUUAUGUGCUGUGACAGAAAACAUCCUGACUGCCCAAAUUAUCCCUCCACAAAACUUCCUGGGACCAGUUUUUUGUAUGUGUGUACAUGUUGGAUAAGACUUCUUCCUCUGCUGUGUUUUUUUUUUCCUCCACUUUUGUCUUCCCGGUUAUUAUUUACAAGAAAGGGCUGCUGGCAAACAAAAACCCUGUUGUCAUGCAAAGAGAAAAAAACUAUCUCGAGCUUGUUGAAACCAUUGCAAGAACCACGAAACCCUCCCGUCGCCGCCAUGAGCGGGUUUCAUGGUUCAAGUAAGAAACAGACAAACCAAAGUUUGCGGUCGUGUGGUUUUUCUAAAGCAGCAGCUCAGACGUUAAAGGCUGUCAAAGAAAAGCUGAAAGACUGUUUAUUUUUUUAGGAAAUCUCACUUGAUAUUAUGAACUUUUGAUUCCCGAAUUUCCUCUGGAGAACCGUUAUAUUUCCUCUUGUCUGUCAUCUCUUGUAGAAAACGUCAUCCUGUCAAACAGAUGCUGUUUUUAUUGCUUUAGAGCACUCAGGUCCAGAUUCACUGAGGUUGAAUUUGAUAGUAAAGUCUGCACAUCCUCCAGUUUUCAGCUUAUUGACCAAGAAAUUCACAGCUGUUCUCAGAUAAGGUCUUUGAAUCUAUAAAAUUUCAAAUAUUCAAACAGUAAUGAGAAACAAACUUGUUGCUCAAGAUCACCAGCUCACAGCAGCUUUUGUGCAAACAUAUUUUCAUACCUAAAUAGGUUAAUUUCACUGUAAUUGCUGAGAUCAGUGGAUUCACUGGUGGAGACGUCGCUGACCUUUGAGGGAACGGAAAGCUGGAGAGUUCAAAAUAGAGAAAUCAUGUUUGCUCUGUCACAUCAUUCAUUUUUAUAUAACGUGAUGAGUAUAAACUGCUCUGCAAAAGUGACGCAGCGUGGUCAGAGUGACUCUUACAAAAGUUACAAAGUGCUUCACAUUAAAAGCAUCAAGCAAAGUAAAAGAUUUAUGUUUACAGAGUGGAAAAUAAAAUUUUUACAAUACAGAAAUAAUAUCAACAAAAAGGACAGAACAGAAAAACAUCAGUUUAAAAAAGCGAGAGAAUAUAAAUCUCAGUUCUGGAUAAUCUACUAGAGGUAAACUACAGUGAUUGUGCUAGCUAGCCGGCUAAGUAGAAGUUAGCUUGCUGGUAACAAGCCUGCUAGCUGGCAGCUUAGAGAACAAUUUUGGCUGCUAAAGUAAUGUCUACAUCACCAAGCUUCCAGCACCAUUUAUUUUGCGAGAACAAGUGCUCUUUCUAGCAUAUUGUCUGUAAACUAAACAUAAGCAUUUAAGUUUGGAGGGUUUCAUCCAACAGCAGCAUCGUGCAAAUCUAGCCGUUUUGUCGCAAAACAAACCUUUAACCUUCCUCAAUCGAUAGUUUCUGCUAUUAGAAACUAGAAGAAUUGAUUAUUCUGCUGCCAACGUGACCAGUUGGGAGCGACCUUGCAUUGAAACUUAACUCAUAAAGGCUAAAACUUUUACCUUAAAGCUUUUUAAACAGUUGGAUGAUUUUUUGAUAUGAAUUCAGGACUGAAAACCUCCCGCUGUGUUUAUUUACUAGUUGUUGAUACAAUGACGACAGCAGCCACUCUGAUUGGACAGACUUACACAAAAUCUUAAUAUCUUUGUACAAAAAAUAUCUCCAGCAGCAAUCUGUGAGUUGUUUUAUUACAUUUAUUUAUCAGAGACCAAGUACAAAAACAUGAAAAUGAAAAUGUUUUUAGAAGAACAAACUUGACUUUGAUAAAUGAUGUGACAUGAUGUGCUCUCUUCACUGCGCAAACCUUCAGAGAAUCUGUGCUUGAAGUGCUUAAAGUCAAACAUUUUAAGGUUUUUACAUGUUUCUGGUUGUAGUACAAACAAAAAAAAACGAGUUAAAGCAGCAGAAAUAAAAAAGGAGUCGCUGCUGCGGACUGAAGUGUCGAGGAGCCGAUGGCUCUCUCGCACUGAACUUUCACGUUACUGUUCCUUUCAAACCCCGUCGGAUGUUGAUGUAAUUGUUUUUAAUGUUUUUAAUGAAAAGAUAUGAAUGGGGAGACAUGAAACCAAACUCAUGUUGUUGGAUUUGUUGAUCUGUAAAUGUUGCUUUUUGGACUUUUGGGAGCUGCGAGCAGAGUUUAGCAGCCACUUUUUUUCCCGGUUUUUGUGUUGGAGAGACCGGUUGGUUGAGGGUGUUUUUUUAUUUUUUCUGUUCUGAUGUGCUUUUUAGUUUGAUUUUAUUACUCACAGUGAUGAGAUGCUUUUGAGAGAGAAAAAAAAAAGUCUACAUAUAUAUGUUGUUUACUGACUUUUAUAAACACGUGUACAUGGCUGCAUGCACACAACCCCCCUUCCCCCACCCCCUCCCUCCCCCCAAACCCCUGUAUUGUUCCCUGUUGAACAUAAGCUGGGUAAAGUGCCUGCAUUGUUCUUUCUAAAGAGUUGAUAAAAAAAAAAUGAUGAGCUGUUUUGACCCUUUUUAGUGUGUACUUGAUCUAAGACCAUGUGCUCUAUUUAUUAAAAGAAAUUUGAACAUAA